CUUUUCAGACGCAGACGAAUUGUGGAGCUGUUGAGGGAGUUGAGCCGCAAGCACACUGCUUGCCUCGGCAAAGCAGCAAGCUAACGUUAUCAACGCUACGCUACCAAGCUUUCAGGCUGUAUGGCCACUAACUUUACCUGAACUGUGCAGAAAUACAGCGAUGGUUUUUCCUUCACAACACGUUAACCUCUUAAGCCCAGACGCAGCAACUUGUAAGAACCCGCGUCUCAGGGGAUGUUAACAUUUAACAACCUAUUAAUGUGGCAUACCCACCUAACGGGAAGAACCUCAGCUAAGAGACCAUAUUAACCAUUUUUACCAAAACGAAACAUAAUUCCAACACCAAGCGUCUAAAUCAGCACGGAACGAAAACGAGCUAACGCUACAUAGCACCGAGUCAGGAAGCUUGGAGUGGAACAACCAUCGCUCGGGGAGAUAUUAGGUCCACACUCCAAUACAGUAGGUGGCGGUAAUGCACUUAUAAAGCUAACCACCGUAAAACUACAAAAAAGAAGAAGAAGAAGAAGAAGAGUUCCGAAGCAGAAGGUGGCGGUAAUGGUAACAGUAGAAGAAGAAGUAUCCUAGCUGUUUUUGCUUACCCAAUAUGUAUAAAGUGCUAGCCAUGUCCAUAACAAGCUAGUUUAAUUUUAAGAAAAAUAGAUUUAUUUUAGUAUUUAAAGUGGGAAUGGAGAGACCCACACAGAGGCAGUGGAUGUCACUUUGAAGGUGAGGAUAAAGUAUUUUGUAUUUUCGUGAAGCUACGUAAAGUGUCAAUGAAAGCUAACAAGCCGAAGCUAACACCAGCCACUGUACCGCUGUCAGUGGAUCAGCUCUGUGGUGCUGUUUUUAUAAUGUUAGUACGUUUUACAUAAUAACAUAUCUCUAUUGAUCACCAACGUUACAUUGUGUUAUCUUUGUGACAUUAUAUAUACAUGUUUAAUUGAAGCAGUGGGACUGGACUGAUGGUAGUUAUUGUGUUAGUCAGUGAUGGAAUGUACAUAAAAGUACAUACUCAAGCACUUAACGCUAAGCUACAUUUUGAAGUACUUGCACUUAAUGUUAGUGUAUCCAUUUUAGAGUAGAAGCUGCUAUAGUGAUAUAUUUUGUUUUUAUUUUAAACAAAAUUAAAAAAGAAUGUACAUAAAAGGAAACAGAACGCUAAAGGGGAAACUGAACAUAUUGACUGUAAAGGCGUAGGGUGAAGCUUCAUUUUAUUAUACCCUUAUAUUAUAUUCAAGUAUGACCCCUAUAAUAACUAAGAUUAGAUUACGCAAAAACGUUUCAAACACAAUAAUAAUCAUACCUGAUUUUAAAAUGUGUCUGCCUUACUAUUUUUAAAAACAUGUUUUUGAACACACUUUUAAUAACCUCUGUUAUCUACAGUGUUGAGUUUUACAGAUAUAACUACUCCACAAAGUGUGACAAGGAUAAAAUUAGUUUUGUUUGUCAACUCCAUUUAUUGCUCUACAUGUACGGACUUGAGCAUCCCUUAUUGUCACCAUGUGGACACCUGGGAGUGCGUUAUUGUCUCUGUCAAGACUCCUGGGGGUGUUCAUGCUGUCUCCUCUUACAUGUCCUCACUGACAUGUACAAAGGUUGACUGUUUUAAAUCAGCAUGUUUAUUACGCAGAAUCAGUGCCUGACUGUACUAUUUGUUCUAAAAGGACUUCUUUAUGCUCUCUGUCCCAAAGGGCAUAUAAGUGUUUUGCAACCUUGACAUGCAAUAUGCUGCAGAAUGAUCUGAGAAUCAAUUAAUUCAUCUUGCUUUUAAUUCUUAAAUGAAAGAACUAGAGGCAGCUUCAGUAAGAUGUCAAUGUUAUUCAACUUUCGUGUUACAAAGCUUACUCUUUGUAACCACUGAAAUGUGAGUUCCCUAUUUUUGAUUUUUAGUUCCUUUUAAGUUUUUUCCUCUGUUAUGUUUUAGUUACAGUAUGUUGCCUGUUUAAUUUUAUAAUCUUAAUCUCCGAAAAAACAAUUCAGAAUGGUAGCUAAACAAGCUAUACAAAGUUUUUUCUAUCUUGCUAUUGUCUACUUAUGUGUAGUCUAAAUGAUGGCGUCACUCCCACUAGAAGUGUUGCAUUAAGUAAUGAUAACGAUCUGUUACAUCACAUAAGAUAACAUAAUACAUAUAAUCUAUAUUUGUAUUAGCUACAUAUUUCAUUUUAGUUGAUGCGUCAUAUUUAAACUCCAGUUCAUUAGUCAAACUGUAGAGAGGCCAUAUAUGGUGGCCGACAGGUGCACAACAGCUCAAAACACCACCUGUCACUCUUGCAGAGUUAGUCUGUUUUGUUAUUGUAAAGGUUUUGUCAGUGUAUUUGAAAUGACUAGGUAAGCUACGUUAGCUCUAGCUUACAACAGAUCUGCAGUUACGUCAGAAGGAAUCAUGCUAUCACAUUGUUAAAAUAAGCCAAGUAAGCGUUUUAAUCAAAAUGUAGGAGACAGUUGCAGUUAGCCCACCUUAUAAUCCAUCCCUGAACGUCAACAAGCACUCAUUCUGGUCCCAGCCAUGUGCAUCACUUUUUAAUGUCCCUGUUGUUUAUGCAGUGCUUCAGUAAACGCUGCACAUGUUUUGUGAAGUUGAUGAAAAUGUUUAUUCAUUUGCAUGUGUUUUUAUAUUUGCAUAAUUUUUGAAAGUGCAACAAGUUUUUGGCAAUGGCAAUGUUGUAUGCCGUUGUAGCUCAUUUGCACCUGUCGCAUAGGCAUCAGUGUCAGACUAAUACAUCAUGUCUGCACCAUGUUACCUUCUACCUCAGGGAAAAUUCACUAUUGGUGAAUGCCACAAAUUAUCAAAAGGACCUCUUACAUGCGCUUGACAACAAACCUGUUUGAAGUCCAUUGGUCAACGGCACACACCAAGACUCACAGCACACUACAGCCAUGAAUAGAUUGCACAUAAUAAUUGACAUAAUUACAACCCCUUUUAAUAGGUCAGUUAUGAUAUCUAGCUGUUUAUGAAAGUCAUGGUGUGGCGGUUAACAUUUCGGAUGAAUAUAGGUGACACCAUGCUCCUGAAGCCCGCAGUAGCUGAAGAUCGACGUGUUUGACUGAUCAGCCGCUGUGACUGCUGCAGUCAUGGGAACGACGAUGAGUGAGCCGUGCAUCUAUGACAAACUUUCCGAGAGCAUCGACAUCCUCCGGCAGUCGGGCUACCGCUACGGCAUGUCGGAGAGGGAGAUCGAAAGGUUCAUAAAGCAGGUCCUGGAGACCAACGAACCCAGGAGAGAGCCUCCGCAGUUCCCAAUCCUGAGAGCCACCAUCAAGUUUGUCGUGGCAGUGGGCCUCCUGCUGGUGGUUGUACUGGCCUUCACGUACCCUCAGAGCGCCCCCCAGCUGGGUCUGGUCAACCUGGGCUGUUACAACUGGUCGUCCCCCCUUAGCCAUGUCCGCCUGCUGUCCCUCCCCAUCGCCAAGAAGUACAACCUGCAAGGUUUCCAUGAAUGGUGGAGUGCCGGCUCUCUGCGGCAGAAUCUGGUCAACUGUUCGGGCUGUGCUCAGAUCUCCUCGGUGAUGGAGGUCCCAGAGAGCCUCAGGGGGACGGUGGCUCUGAGGCGGGGACCGCAGCUCGUCAUGCUGAAGGGCGGGGAGUCCCUCAGCGUCCAGCGGCAGCAGCUCGAAGAGCUCUACCUGGCUCAUUCAAACUCCAUGUCCAUCCUGCUGGAGGAGGACGACGGUCUGCACAACCACAACCAGGGACUCCCCCAGGGGCCCGCCAACUUCACUCUGCUCUGGAGGUUCAGCUCGGGGACACGAGAGAAGGUGUUGAGGUGGCUCUUCCCGAAGGCGGAGCUCUGCCCCCUGCUGGACAGCGCUGGGACCAUCGUGCAGCGCUGCCUGGUCACACACAGCACAAACUCCCAGAGCAAGGGUGUGGGGGUGUUUGGCUGGCUGGUAGUGGGGGAGGGUCUUCCCACAGUGCGCGUCCUUCCUGUUCAGCGCUGUCAGAAACACUGCAGCUCCUUCAACCUGUGGCUGAAUCCUGGAGACAUGGUUUACGCUGACCCUCGGUACUGGCAGAUGGAGCUGUUCCCCGGCCGAGGCCAGAACAUCAUCUGUGACGGGUCAACGUUUUAACUUCAGAAGGAGCGGCGUUCAGAAGGAGCGACGUGGAGAGUUCAGGAACGUGCAGAUCGGCCUUACUGUGGCCCCGCCACACCGAUGCCUUAUAAACCUCCAGCCUUUUUUUUACUGAGGCCCGUCCGUCCGAUAGUCCUCACGGCAACCUCAGAGAAACACUGCACACAUGACUUGAGUUUGGAAAAAAAGGCUCCUCCUGCAGGUUUUAUUUUAGGGUCAAGGUCAGAGGAUUGAGAAAUGACUUUGUCCUCCAGAGUUUUAAACCCUCCCAAUGUUCUGGUUGUGCCCGUGCCAUAGCUUCCAGCGGAUCUCUAGAACUUCAAAUAAUUCAUCAAUCAUUGGGUGUCUCUCUUUCAGAAGGUGGUGAAAAACUGCAGAGGGUAUCGGCACUAGUCUGACCUCUGCAUCACUGCGAUUCAUUUCCUCUGUUUAAAAUCAAAGCUCGGUAGGCAUGGUGAAUAAAGACCCUCUGAACAGACAGCAGCUGACACAUCAGACUGACAGCAGGUUUAUCUAUAAAGCACAUUUCAGGGGCAAGGCCAUUCAAAGUGCUUUACAUAGAUAUCAAAAGCAUAUUUAUCAGCUGCAGAUUACGUGGUGAAUGUUCCUCUUGCUUUUAAUCAACUUAUUACCAAACUAAGUAAGGAGCACAUGGAGUUCAUUCAGUCAGUGAGCACCUGCUUCUUUUUGCAUUGCAUUCUGGGAACUUUCAGUGUCUCGGACUUUCACUUCCUGCUGUAGUUCUGAUUCACCCGCAGCUCUUCAUCUGGUUCGUUCCUUGAUGUUAAAGGGACAGUUCACUCAAGUUACAAAAGCGCUAGUAAACACAAUGUCAGGCGAUUGUUUUUGUUAAUGAGUACACAGGCCUGUUUGGAAUAUAUAAGAAGAGGAACAUGGGAUUCUUCCUCUUAUUAUAUCUAUUAUUUGCUUCUUGUUGACAACCUCCUGUUUGUUUCUAAUUUCUGUUUUCUACAGACUUAGACAUUAGUGCCAAAAAGUGACGUUGCUACACUAUAACAAUGUAUUAAAAAUAGUGGUUUUUCAAAAGCAUUGUCCUAUUUAUUUCAAUGUAAAAAAUGACUUACUCAGCCAGCUGUCAAACGGACAUCAGCUGAGAAUUACAACCUUUUAAUUAAAACACAGAUUAGUAAAUGUACCCGAUAAAUUAAAGUUUGGGGACUCAACUUUAAGUAAACUUAAAUUAAUUGAUGACGUAAAAAAAAUGUGGAACAAAUUGAAAUCUUUGAAAUAGUGAUUUUAUUUUUUAGCAAUUUAGCAAUCAAAAGUCAAAAGACGUUUUUAACCGUUUUAAUUGGAAAUAGUUUCUCUACAUCAAAAAAGUCUCCAUUCAAUGUUUCUGGAUUAUCCAGCAUAUCAUAGGGCGAUUUAUCAAUAAGAAGUUGAUUUUUCCAUUUUUAAAACUCAUUUCUGAGGCUGAAAUCUCAGAAACGUCUCAAAACCAAAUCUGAGAGAAAAUGAACUGAAUAUGUGUUUAACAUUUGGGUGAACUUACCCUUUAACAUCUAGAUUUUACUCUAGCUUUUUUUUUGUUGUAUUCUUACCCACGUUGUUUAUAAGGAUCAGAUAUUGGGUAGAGACCAAGGGGUAGACCUAGGACCAGGUGGAGGGAUUAUAACUCUCCGCUGGCCUGGGAGCGCCUUGGAGUCCCCCAGUCAGAGCUGGUUGAUGUGGCCAGGGAAAGGAAAGUUUGGGGCUCUCUGCUGGAGCUGUUACCUCCUCGACCCUGACGGAUAAGCGGGAGAAGAUGGAUGGAUGUAUAUUUUUAAUUUACAAUUUACAGACAAAGCUGCUUCUCUAAUUGUGUUAUUUAUUGUUAUGAUUGUAUGUACAAAUGUUCAAGACAUUAAUAUUUUAGUAGUAAUGUGUUGUGAUUUUAUUCGACUUUCAUCACUUACAUCCUGUUCAACAGAUCCCCUAAAAUCCAUGAAGCAGUGGACGGUGUGUUUUGUGCUUCAUCAGGAUUUCCAUGUCGUUAAAAGUCUGAAUAACAUCAUUUUGCCAAAGCUGAAGUCAAAUCUGAGUCUGUCUCUCAGUUUGUUACAGAAUCCCAAAAAGCCACAAAUAUCCAAACUUCACCGGUUGGGGUUUCUGGAACAAAAUGACGGAGUGAAUACUUUAAAGUGUACGCUUUGCAUAGACGUGUCAUAGUUUUAUGAGAAAAUAAAACGUGUCAUGUACUGGUGUC